GAAGAUGGAUCAAAGAAAGGUGUUGGAGGAGCUUCUGAGAGGUUAUGAAUCUGCUACUAAACUUCGAGUAGUGAUGAAUGAAAAAGAUGAGUCUGAAAUAAGAACCCUUCAAAGUCUUGCCAAGAACGUGCUUAGAUCAUUCACCAACACCCUCUUCCUCUUGGACUCUCAUCUUCUCUCUCCCAUCAAAUCUGAGGACUCCCAAGAAAGCUGCAAGACUUUCAACAGAAGAGGCUGCUACAAGAGAAAAAGAAGUACACAAGAAUGGGAGAAGGUUUCAGAAGCUCCAUCAGUUGAUGAUGGCCAUCACUGGAGAAAGUAUGGCCAGAAAGAUAUCCUCAAAGCUAAAUACUCAAGGAAUUAUUACAGGUGCACUCACAAGUAUGAUCAGAAUUGUCAAGCAACAAAACAAGUGCAAAGAAUUCAAGAGAAUCCUCCCUUGUACAAGACCACAUAUUUUGGUCACCACACAUGCAAUGACUUGCUAAGUUCUGAAAUCAUACUUCAUUCCAAUGAUUCUCCUUCUGACACUUCCAUACUGCUAAGUUUUAACAACAGCUUCCCAGCUCCAACCAAGCAAGAAUGUCCCUUUUUAUCAUCCUCAUCAUCAUUAUCAUCUAUCAACCCCUCACCAUCACUGAUCACAGAGGAGACAAUUCCAUCAUUUUAUGAUGAUUACAUGCUAUCCUCAGAACCCACUUUGAAUGAUUAUUCAAUGCACAAUCACUGGGAUGAUAUGUCUUCUGCCUUGUCUGAUUUUGACAUUGACGACAUCAAACGUUGGUUCGAUUUGGAUGAUUAA